AUGACCAGCUACGGCUACCUUGCAUUUCCCUCAACCGCGGGAGCCCCAACAUUCAAUUAUCAGGUUCCACCAAUGUCUAUGUUUAGUGGAACACCAUAUAGUGCAGCAAUGAUCCCACCAAAAAAUCGGCGGGAACGAACUACAUACAGUCGUCAACAGUUGGAAAUUUUGGAGAGCUUGUUUAACGAAACUCAGUAUCCGGAUGUGUUCGCACGGGAAAGGGUUGCCGAGCAGAUCCGACUUCAGGAGAGCAGAAUUCAGGUCUGGUUCAAAAACCGUCGUGCUAAGUACCGUCUCCAAGAGAAACAAAGGCCAAAAAUGAAACAAAUAAAGAGCCAGGAACUUAAAAGUGAAGAACAGCAAGUACUGACUGGAGAAGCACUCCGAGGAAGCGUCUCUCCAGAUUAUCAACCUCAAAUCAAGAGUGAAUUGGAGAGCUGUGACAACGCGGUGGUCAGCAGUGGCAACAAGCUUAGCACUCCAAAAAGUGUGUCUCCACUUGAUACUACUGUGAGCACAACUAGCUCCAAUAAUUCGACUACGGAGCAGCAAUGGGGAGAAGUAGAAAAGAAAAAUGAGAACUCUUCCUCUACAGCCGUAAGCCCAACAGAAGUCCCAAAAUCUGCCACUCUCUCUUUCCAACCAACUGUAUAUAACACCUAUCCUGCUAUCUACCCACAAUGGUCGAAUUUCGAUUACACAACUUAUGCUAAUCAGCCAUACGCUGCUCAAUUCGCACACAAUACUUAUGCAGCAACCCAAUUUUGGCAUCAGAACGGAUCCUCGUAA